GUUACCACAUUACAAUUGUUGUCGUUAGCUUUAACCUUCGUCGAACCACGUCCUGUACACCUUUCCACAUCUACAUCAUGGCUGCCACCGUCGCGUCGCUCUUCUCGCUGAGCGGGAGAACCGCCAUCGUUACCGGAGGCACGAGGGGAAUCGGACAGGCAAUGGCAUAUGCGCUCGCAGAGGCUGGUGCCGAUAUUAUCCUGGUUCAGAGAGACGAGUCCAACACCACAACCCGCGACGAGAUCAUCAAUCGCCUGGGUCGCAAAGCACACAUCCACGUGGCGGAACUGUCGAGCCGAGAAGCCGUCAAACACAUCAUCCCCACCGUGACCAGCCUGGGGUUCACGCCGGAUAUUCUCCUGAAUUGCGCAGGCAUCCAGCGGAGACAUCCGAGCGAACGGUUCCCGGAUGAGGAUUGGGACGAGGUCCUCCAAGUUAAUCUGAGCUCCGUCUUCGUCUUGUGUCGCGAGUUUGGCGCCUAUCUGCUUGGACGCGAUGCCUCCGAGUUCCCGUCCAGCCGUCGUGGCUCCAUCAUCAACAUCGCCUCUCUCCUGUCCUUCCAGGGAGGCAUUACCGUGCCGGCCUACGCCGCCUCCAAGGGUGGAAUUUCCCAGCUGACCAAAGCGCUCUCCAACGAGUGGGUGGGUCAAGGCAUCAACGUCAACGCCAUCGCUCCCGGCUACAUCGCGACCGACAUGAACACGGCCCUCAUCAACGAUCCCAACCGCAACGUGGGCAUCAUGGCUCGGAUCCCAGCCGGACGGUGGGGUAACCCCGAGGACUUCAAGGGUGCGGUCGUGUUUCUGGCCAGCGCAGCGAGUAGCUAUGUUUCAGGGGAGAUUCUUUGUGUGGACGGAGGUUGGAUGGGUCGGUAGAGAACGGGUAAGCUGUAAGACAUUGACCCUCGUCGCAGCUGUCAUAUCACGGCCUUCUAAGAACAGAAAUUAAUCAUAGCAGUAAUAAUAUUAUCAUAUUUCCGA